AAACUCUAUGGUUCAGUGCGGAAAUUGCUGUUUCUAUGGUGUGAGGCGGCGCUCUAGCUGGCUGGUGCAGCUCGGUGGUGUCAGUCCUCCCCGGGUCCACACGUGGGUAUGGCUACGCUGCACUUCCAUGAGCUGGGGCUGGAUGACCGGCUAUUAAAGGCCGUUGCAGAUUUAGGAUGGGCAAAGCCAACAUUAAUUCAAGAGAAGUCCAUUCCACUGGGCAUGGAAGGCAAAGACCUACUGGCACGAGCAAGGACUGGGUCGGGUAAAACUGCAGCCUAUGCCAUACCUAUAAUACAGAACCUUCUACAGUCCAAAAUAACUGUCUCUGAACAGGCCGUAAGAGUUCUCAUCCUCGUACCUACCAGGGAACUUGGCCACCAGGUUCAACAAAUGGCCCGACAGCUGACAACUUACUGUGCCCGAGAUAUUAAAAUUGCCGACAUUUCCGGUCAGGCAGAUAUUUCUGCACAGAGACCAAUCCUGAUGGAGAAGCCGGACAUUGUGGUCGGUACGCCAUCUCGAGUAUUGAUUCACAUGAACCAGAAGACCCUGUGCUUACGGGAGAGCCUCCAGGCAUUGGUGAUCGAUGAAGCCGACCUGAUCUUCUCAUUUGGCUUUGAAGAAGAUUUAAAAAGUUUAUUAUGCCAACUUCCUAAUAUCUACCAGUCAUAUCUCAUGUCUGCCACAUUCAAUGAGGAUGUCCAGGCCUUGAAGGAGCUUGUGCUGCACAAUCCGGUUACCCUGAAGCUGGAGGAGUCCCAGUUACCAGACAGCUCUCAACUCACACAGUAUCAUAUCCAGUGCGAAGAGGAGGACAAGUUUCUUUUGCUUUAUACCCUUCUGAAACUCUGCCUCAUCCGCGGGAAGACCAUUAUCUUUGUGAAUGAGGUGGAAAGAAGUUAUCGGCUCAAACUCUUCCUCGAGCAGUUCAGUAUCCCGUCCUGUGUGCUCAACUCGGAGCUGCCAGUGCACUCACGGUGUCAUAUCAUUGGACAGUUUAACCAGGGAUUCUACGAUUAUAUUAUUGCAUCAGAUGAACGUGCCUUAUCUCAAGGGGGCGAGAAACAAAAGAAACAGGCUGGAAAGAAAAAGGGUGCAAAAAAGGCAAAAACAGAGAAAGGCCACGACAGCGAGUAUGGAGUAUCUCGGGGAAUAGACUUUCAGAAUGUUUCCACGGUCUUAAAUUUUGACUUUCCCUUGUCCGUAGACUCUUAUAUCCACCGUGCUGGAAGGACAGCGCGUGCCAAUAACCCAGGUGUGGCCCUUACAUUCGUGGCACAUACAGAACUUUCCCUUCUUAAAGAUAUUGAAGAGGCUCUAGGUGGAGGAAGCUCUGAGGAGUGUGUGCUGCGCCCCUACAGGUUCAGAAUGGAAGAGGUGGAAGGGUUUCGCUAUCGCUGUAGAGAUGCGAUGAGAUCUGUAACUAAACAAGCCAUUAAAGAAGCCCGUCUGAAGGAGAUAAAGGAAGAACUGCUCAACUCUGAAAAACUAAAGACUUAUUUUGAAGAUAACCCACGGGAUUUCAAUCUCCUCCGCCACGACAGACCCCUGCACCCUGCAAUAGUGAAACCUCAUCUGAAAAAUGUUCCUGAAUAUCUAAUUCCUCCUUCCCUCCGCUCCGUUGCCAAUCCUUUGCUAAUGAAAAAGAAGAGAAAAAGAGUGCAGUUGGGCCAGUCCAAAGGACCUUCCAAAAAGAUGAGGAAGACACAGAACCCGCUACGUACAUUCAAAUACACAAAAGGAAAAAGAACUGUCAAAAAGCAGGCAGCGGAAUCUUGAGCGACGUCGCGGUCAUCAGUCGGUCACAUGCUGCGUGUGCUCCAUAGGACUUGUUGAAAAAAAUUCCGAUAAUGGAAACAUGGGCUUUUCCAUUUUUGGGGUUUAUAAUGGACUUGGUGAAUUCCCUGGAUGGAGAAGAUUUUAGUCAUCAUUGCAAAAGCCAUUUAUGCUAAAUUUAUGUAAAUAAAUUUAUAUAUUUCUUUGGGAUGUCAUGCAUGAGCCAAACCUUUUUUUAUUUUUUUUUGCAUUGAUUAGGAUGAUGGGGGGAGAUUUAUCAAAACCUGUCUAGUGGAAGAGUGGUGCAGUUGCCCACAGCAACCAAUCAGAUUGCGGGGGAGAUUUAUCAAAACCUGUCCAGGAGAAAAGUUGCCUAUAGCAACCAAUCAGAUCGUUUCUUUCAUUUUUAACAAGGCCUCUGCAAAAUGAAAGUAGUGAUCUGAUUGGUUGCUAUGGACAACUGGGUAAAUUUUCCUUUGCACAGGUUUUGAUAAAUCUCCCCCUGCGUCUUUCAUUUUUUCCCAGGCCUCUUUAACCCCUUAAGGACCAGGCCAUUUUACACCUUAGGACCAGAGCGUUUUUUGCACAUCUGACCACUGUCACUUUAAACAUUAAUAACUCUGGAAUGCUUUUAGUUAUUCUGAUUCCGAGAUUGUUUGUUCGUGACAUAUUCUACUUUAACAUAGUGGUAACAUUUUGUGGUAACUUGCAUCCUUUCUUGGUGGAAAAAUCCCAAAAUUUGAUGAAAAAUUUGAAAAAAACAUUUUUUAUUCACAUAUACAAUCUGUCUACUUUAUGUUUGCAUCAUUAAAUUUAUGAGUUUUUACUUUUGGAAGACACCAGAGGGCUUCAAAGUUCAGCA